CAGAAACUUGACAUUUAGCAAUAAAUUAACUUCGAUUUUGUACAAAAUGGUACUUGAUUCAAAACGAUCCCUAGGUGAAAUUGUUGUUACGUCGCCGAACUUUGACCUAUCAACCUGAUCAGAUGUCCAGAAAUGUUUUUCUCCUGAAACUCUUGAUAUUUCUAUUGGUUCCAUCGUAAGUGUAUUAACAAAACUUCGUGAAGAUGUUGAUGAAGGAGUAUAGAAUCUGCAUGCCGCUUACAGUGGAAGAGUAUCGCAUUGGUCAAUUAUACAUGAUUGCAAAACAUAGCCACGAGCAGAGUGAGAAUGGAGAGGGAGUUGAGGUUGUGAAGAAUGAACCCUGUGAACAUGAAGAAUAUGGUAAAGGCCAAUUUACUGAGAAGCGUAUACAUCUCUCAAGUCGAUUACCUAGCUGGAUCCGGUCAGUCAUACCUAAUGUAUUCUAUGUGACAGAGAAAGCCUGGAACUACUAUCCAUUCACCAUAACAGAAUAUACAUGCUCAUUUAUUCCCCGGUUCAGUAUCCAUAUAGAGACACGUUACCAAGACAACAGCGGAACAAGUGAAAAUUGCCUUAACUUGCCAGACACAGACCUAGCUCAGAGAGAAGUUGUACAUGUAGACAUAGCCUAUGACCCCAUUCCAGCACACAAAUACAAAGAAAAUGAGGAUCCAACAAAAUUCCAGUCAGAAAAAACCCAAAGAGGACCACUAGAGAAGGGAUGGCGGGAGACUAGUUCCCCUGUUAUGUGUUCUUAUAAGAAUGUCAGGGUGAAAUGUGAUAUUUGGUUGCUACAGUCUAAGGUAGAGAGUUUUACACAUAAGGCAGUACAGGACAUACUCUUGCUGGGGCACAGACAAGCAUUUGCCUGGAUAGAUGAGUGGCAUGGUAUGACGAUAGAAGACAUCAGAGAAUAUGAAUCAGAGAUGCAUGAAAAGACUAAUCAAAAAGUACGCAAUGCAAAUAAUUCAUCCUCAUCAGCAAGUAGUUCUCCAGAAAAUAGUUCCGGCCCACUUGACUCUUCUAAUAAACGCAAAGGAUCAAAAGGGUCAAUAGGAUCAAAGGGUUCAAAAUGAGAUUAUAUUUAUAUCCAUUUUAUUUAUAAAUAUAUGUAUAUUAAGAAUUUUAGAAAUUAAAUUAUUUAUAUUUUAACUCUACUGUAUGUAUCAUUACACAUAAAAAUUUAGGCUAUGGUAAUUUAAUUUUCUGGUUCUGAUUCCUGCGUGCAUCCCUUUAAUUUAGAUCACCAAUAAAACGCUUUUCACCUUCUUUCCAAGCAAAACAAUGCAGGAUUCAGAGCCAAAUAAAAACAUGACUGUUGACAGUCCCUCAGCAAUUUGAAAAAAGGCAAGAGUUGGAAUCAGAAAAGUAAAUUGUCAAAGUCAAUUCAUUGUAGUUGGUCCCAUUUAUUCUGUGCUCUAUUCAUGUUGCGGACAGGAGCAAUACUCUUGAUACAUCUAGUCACCUGAGUUUAGGACCAGUGAAAUGGCCCAGAUGGCACUGAUGUAGCCAGUCUAUAACACAUAAAAGCAAUAUUAUAUUUUAGUCAACCAUAGAGAUUUUAAUUUCUUUAUUAUCAAAAAUAUACAUGUGUAUAUAAAGGGUAUGUUAAUGGGCCAUCUCAAAACAUGUGUUUUCCCAUUUGGUAAUUUUACUAUAUUGAUGUUGUUGAGCAGGUUCUGACUGAAAUGUUAACUUUAGUAAGUUAAAAUAUAUUUUGUUUUACACAUUAUACAUGUAUGAUAAAUGAUGACAUGUGACUUAUCCAAUAUCACAACAAGCUACUUAUUAUGUUACUCCAACAACCAGAUCACAUUUAUGUAUGAAGUAUAUGUUAUUAUGUUAUUUGUGGUAAAGCCAUGUCAUUUCUCAUUUUCUUGGCGAAGAUCGCCAAAGUGGACAUCCAUGAAUUUAAUCAAAGGCAACAAAUUACACGUCGUCUAUAAAUAUCUAUAAGUAGAUGUUUAAAAUGUAGCUCAAGGUUCCGAAAAAAAUAACAGAUAAAUCUCUUAUUUUUUAACUGCAAACAUAAACAUAAGCAUAUAUUGUAGGGUCUCACUUUUUUGAAAAAUUGUACAUGUUUGGGAAAAUGGGCCUCAGUAUUUGCAAACA